GCAAACACAAGCUCAAGCUAACAGUAACAACGAGUGCUAACCGAUUGUGUGCUACUUGACACAAGGUGAAAAGUGACACACAAGCCCGGCUUCACUCGGUUAACGUUACCGCUGCAAGCGGGCCAUGCAGCGCUCCAAAAGGUAAUGAGCCGGAAAGCCUCGCGUUCUCGGCUCGGCGGUGCCCACAAACUGCAGCCACACCGGAAUGACUGGCAGCCCAGAGUUGAUAGUGUAUCAUCCUUCGAGGACGGUGUGAGGUCCGGAGAGCUCGGCUCUGCAACAUUUUCGGACACUUUGCCUUCCAGCUUGGCAGAACAGCCAGUGGUGACCAGCCAUGCCUUCGUUGUUGCAAAUGAACUUCAGGAAGAGGGUGGACAUGAAGCUGGUCAAGGUGUCAGUGAUACUACUUUUGGUUGGAAGUCGCUGGGGCAAGAGUUGAGGCCAAAUGACGUGACAACGGAUUUAAACCCUUUUCAGCAUGGAAACCGUGCUUUAGCUUCAAAGGACAUGAGGAAAUCGCAGGACAGAGGGAUGGCUCACUCAGAUGAGUCUCGGUUGGCCAACCUCCUGCGCCGAGUCUCUAGGGAGGAUGACCGUGACCGCAGGCUGACUACCCUCAAGCAGUUGAAGGAAUUUAUCAGCCACAGCGAAAACAAAGUGACAUUGGUCAAACAAUUGGACACCAUCCUCAGCACCUUGAAUGAUAUUUUGAAUGAGAGCAGUAAGCUGCUGUGGGAGCUGCGUCAGGAUGCAGCAGCCUGCCUCGGUCUGCUCUGCACUGUGCUCAGCUAUGAGGCAGAGCGCAUCUUCAAGUGGCUCUUCCUCAAGUUUACCUCAAGCAGUCGUGAUGAGGUGAAGUUGUUGUACCUGGUGGCGACACAGCACGCUUUGGAGGCCGCCGGGGAGAGAAAGACCUUCUCUCAAGUCAUGCAGCUGGUAAUGAGCAACCUCCAGUCCAUCUUGGAGAGCGUGGACACACCAGAGCUGCUUUGUCAAAGUGUCAAAUGUAUUCUUCAAGUGGCUCGCAGCUUCCCGCAUAUCUUCAGCACCAAUUUUAGGGACACAGUGGAUAUCUUGGUGGGCUGGCACAUUGACCACACUCAGAAGCAAGCACUCACUCAGCAGGUGUCAGGCUGGUUACAGAGUCUGGAGCAAUUCUGGGUGGCAGACUUGUCUUUUUCAACCACUCUGCUAGGACAGUUCUUGGAGGACAUGGAAGCAUACGCAGAGGAUCUGAACCAUGUCAUGUCAGGCGAGGCACCAGAUGAAGACAUCCCGCCUCCUGCGGUGUCUCUGCCAAAGCUGGCAGCUCUGUUGAGAGUGUUUAGUACAGUGGUUCGCAGUAUCGGAGAGCUAUUCAACCCCAUCAGAGGACCACCUAUCACUGAAGUCUAUGUUAAUGAUGUUCUCAACCGGGUUCUGAACUGUGUGACUGCAGCCAAGCAGGUUCAGUUCUCUGAGGCAGUUCUAACUGCUGCAAACGAGUGUCUGGGUGUCUUGCUGGCCAGCAUGGAGCCCUGCGGUAAACUGAUGGAGACAGUCCUGGCCUAUGGCCUGGACCAGCUGGGCAACUGCCGGGCUUGUGGUUCUGACUACAACCUGGCAGUGCUCAGCCUUCUCAUUCUGAUUGUGGAACAAAUCAACACAAAGCUACCUGCCUCCUUUGUGGAAAAACUUUUGGCACCAGACUCUCAGCUGCUGGAAUUGCGCUUCCAUCGAGAGAAAGAGGUGACGUCAGCUGUACAUGGAGUGUAUCGAGCACUCCUGAGUCUGAAAAACAUUCCAACACUUGAGGCAGCUUAUAAAAUGGUAUUGGGUGAGAUGACAUGUGCCCUGGUGAGCAUUCUGGCUACCUUGGAGCCAACUUGUGGGGCCCUGCCACUCAGUAGCCCCUGCCUCAACAUCCAGCACCCGGCUUUCACUUCAGUCACCGUCACUCCAGAGAAAGCACAGAUUAUCCUCAUUUUCAACCUCAGCACUCUCACCACCAUUGGAAACACCAAGAACUCUCUCAUUGGCAUGUGGGCAUUGUCUCCUACGGUCUUUGCCCUGCUCAGUCACAAUCUGCUACUGGUCCACUCAGAGGUGGCCGUCUACUACCCUGCCAUCCAGUAUGCUGUGCUUUACACCCUCUACUCCCACUGCACAAGACAUGACCAUUUCAUCUCAUCCAGUUUGUCUUCAUCGUCUCCUUCCCUGUUUGAUGGUGCAGUCAUCAGCACUGUCACAACAGCCACCAAGAAGCAUUUUAGCACUCUACUCAGUCUUCUGGGGAAUCUGCUAGGGAAGGAGCAUCUCUACGCUGAAGCCAGGAGGCUGCUGCUGACGUGGGCUCAAGAAAUCUCACUGCUGAUGAAAAAAUCGGACACCUACAGUCCUCUUUUCUCCUUGCCCUCGUUCACCAAAUUCUGCAGGGGCCUGCUAUCUAACGCUCUGAAUGAAGACCAGGGUAUAUGCCUUCAAACCUGCAACAGCUUACUCACCCUCUCUUCGUCAUUAUCCUCGGAGAUUCUGCAGAGAUGUGUGGAUGUGUGCAGAGUGCAGCUGGUCCACUCAGCAGUGAAAGUGAGGCAGGCGUACAGCAAGCUGCUUAGGACAAUUCCCCUGGAUGUUUCUCUAAGUAACCACAGCCAUCCAGAGAUCACCCAGAUCUCAAUGGCCAUCCGCCACCACAUGAGCCGAGCACCAAGCAGCACCUUUCACCCCCAAGACUUCAGUGACCUCAUCAGCUUCAUCUUGUACGGCACCCUGCACCGUGGAGGCAAGGAUCCAUGGCUGGAGCGUCUUUACUACAGCUGCCAGCGCUUAGAGAAACGGGAUGGCCGAAGCGGUGGCGACGGUGUGCGUCCCGGAGUCGUGCCAAGGGCUCUGUUAAAAACUGAAGUGGUGCUGUGGCAGUGGGCUGUGUGGGAAGCUGCACAGUUCACUGUACUGUCCAAACUCAGAACUCCACUGGGCCGUGCUCAGGACACCUUCCAGACCAUUGAAGGUAUGAUUCGCAGUCUGGCUGCCCACAGCCUGAACCCGGAGCAGGAUGAUGGCGCAUGGACUGGUGGUGGAAGUGACGGGGAUGGUAACCACUCGAAUCAACUCCGUAUCGCUCUGCUGCUUCAGUACCUAGAGAACCUGGAGAAGCUCAUGUACAACGCAUAUGAAGGCUGUGCUAAUGCUCUCACUGCACCACCAAAGGGCAUCAGGACAUUCUUCUACACCAACCGUCAGACAUGCCAAGACUGGCUGACAAGGAUCCGUCUGGCUCUGAUGAGAGUUGGUCUUCUGUCUGGCCAGCCGGCAGUGACCAUUCGUCACGGCUUUGAUCUUCUUGCUGAGAUUAAGAACAGCAGCACCCAGGGUCCAGAAUUAGAGGUCCCCCUGACAUUAUUGGCAGAAGCUCUCUGUGAGCUGCGUUGUCCUGAUGCCAUCCAAGGACUCGCUGUCUGGAGCCUUUCCAACACUGGCAAGAGUCUUAGCUGGUUGUCUUCAGUUGCCUUGCAAGCAGAGGGACGGUUUGAGAAGGCAGCUUUGGACUACCAAGAUCAGCUGUCUGCAGUUUCAGGGAUGGACUGCAGCAUCAAAAGCUCUGACUGUUACAUACUCAAACUCUCCAACAGUACCAGCAGCCCCAAACACACAAGCAAUGGUGACAGCAGGAAGACUGUGCUGCUGAAGGCAGGCGAGUGCUCUCCUGAGGUGGUCAACCUCAUGGCCAACAAAGCGUGCCAGUGCUAUGUGGCACUUUCCGAUUGGCCAUCUGUCAAGGAAUGGCAGACUACAGUUAACAGCCUCAAGCAGAACUCCACCAAUCCAGUCAACAUCAAUCUAAGGACAGAUUUCAACUACAUUCAGGCUCUAAGUCGCUUUGAGGACGGAGAUUUCAUUGAGUGCGGCGCUCAGCUGGAGCUUCUACCCGGAGAGGACUUUAGCUCACUGUCCAGUAGCAAGGACAAGUUAGAUCUGAAAAGGCUUCUGCCGUCUAUGAGUCCAGAUCCUACAGAGCUGCAGAGAGCCAUUGAGGUGCAGCUCCUACGUACUGCUGUAUGUGCCUUGGCGAAGGCCAGCCAGCAACCAGAACAGAGGACCACAGCCAAUCAAGAUACUUUGGUGCGCUGCCUGAAACAAACUGGGCGGAUCGGCCUGGGUCCUCUUCGCCUGUCAACCCUCACUCUUUCUGAUGCAUUGCCCACCCUACCCACUCUGCAGCUCCACUGCACUGCCACAUUGGAAAACACACUCUCAGGACAAGAGGACUGUGUGGUUCCAUUGUACAGUGAAGCGCUGAGAACCUGCAAGCAACAAGAUGUCCAGCCUUUCCUUCAGGCAAUCCGAUACACCAUGUUCCAGAGACAACUUCUCAACAAAGUCAGAGGUUCCUCUCCUUCCACAGACGGUCACCUGAUGGAACUUUGUUUGACAACUGUAAAGUUUGCCCGGAAAAAAGGCAACAUUGCCCUGGCGUCCCGCUUGCUCAGUCAGUGCUGUGAUGGAACCCAAAAGGAGGAGCAGGGCGACGAAAUGAUAACAGCAUUCCGGCGGCUGACAGUGGAGGGCACACUGGGAGAGAAAUGGGGGCCAGAGCUGCAGAUAGAAAAAGCCAAAGUAGUGAGAACUUCAGGCCAGUCCAUUACAGCCAUGGAAAUGCUGAGCAAGGCUGCUCUAUCAUAUUGCUAUGUAGGGAAAAAUGAAGGUGCUGCCUGUCGGUCACUGCUGACUCUCUGCAAAUGGCUUUUGGCUGAUUGGAAGGACAUGGUACCUCAGCUUAAACAGGUUGUGAAGAUGUCUGGGGCUGUCAACUCAUCCAACGCUGUGGGCAACUUGUCACCUUUGUGUCAGAACAUUUCUGCUCUGCUGGAGCUUUCUCUCGUGGAACAAAGCAUUCCUCACAUCACCACUGAGACCUCAGUGCGUGUCGGUGUUGGAGAGCCGGACUUUGUGCUUGGCCAACUCUACCAACUUUCCACCAGCCUGGCCCCAGAGGUGGCCAAGUCCUGGGCAGCCCUGGCCAGCUGGGCUUACCGCUGGGGUAGGAAAGUCGUUGAUAAUGCCAGCCAAGGGGAGGGGUUGCCUCUUCUAUCUGGAGAAAAAAAAGAUAUUGAGGAGCUACUGCCGGCAAAUACAAGUGAAGAAGACAAGGAAACCAUUUUUAGCAUUCUUGGGCAAGCCAUGUGUCGUCCUACAGGCAUACAGGAUGAAGACAUGGCGCUACAGCAGGAAGAUGACGAGGAUGACAUGGUGGAUGUGAUAUGGCGGCAGCUCACUGCGUCAUGCCCAUGGCUGGCAGAAGCAGGCCAACCCGUUGCAGAUGGUCUUAUCCGCGUUUGGAGACGUGUGGUAGACCGAAUAUUUGGUCUCUAUCGGAUCUCUUGCCAGGCCUAUUUCACAUUCUUGAAGCUCAAUGCUGGCCAGAUCCCUAUUGACGAGGACGACCCCAAACUUCUGCUGUCCUGGCAUAACAGCAAGCAGAGCAAUGAUGAUGUGAUCGUCAUGGCAACCCUUCGUCUCCUGCGACUGUUGGUGAAGCAUGCAGGGGAACUGAGGGAGGGACUUGAGCUAGGAUUGGCCUCCACUCCGACAGCACCCUGGAGGGGCAUUACCCCCCAGCUGUUUUCCCGACUCAACCACCCAGAGGCAUAUAUUCGACAGAGCAUAUGUAGCUUGCUCUGCCGUGUAGCCCAGGACUCUCCACAUCUCAUCCUUUACCCUGCCAUUGUGGGCUCACUCUCCCUUGGAGGGGAGGCUCAGAAUUCAGGGAGCAAACUACCAUCAGAUCUGCCCACCUUUUUGGGGAGCAUCCCAGCAGAGGACCUUGGUGGAGAUGGGGAGGAGGAGAGUGAGGAGAAUGAGCAGACAGAGAACAGUGAGAAAGGAGACGCUCCAGAAGAACUAGCAACAUUCUGCUCCAGCCAAGACCAAGCCAUGAUGCAGGAUUGUUACAGCAAGAUUGUGGAAAAGUUGUCUUUAGCAAACCCUACCAUGGUGCUUCAGGUUCAGCAGUUGGUCGGAGAGCUGCGCAGGGUGACGUUACUCUGGGAUGAAUUGUGGCUGGGAGUGUUGCAGCAGCAGCACAUGCAUGUCCUACGAAGGAUCCAACAGCUGGAGGAUGAGGUUAAGCGGGUUCAGAACAAUAACACACUUCGCAGGGAUGAAAAGAUAGCGAUAAUGCGAGAGAAACACUCUGCUUUGAUGCGUCCCAUGGUUUUUGCCCUGGAACAUGUCUGCAGUAUCACUUCGGCCCCAGCAGAGACGCCACAUGAAACCUGGUUCCAGCAAACCUAUGGUGAUGCUAUCAAUUCUGCCCUUGAGCGACUAAGGAACCCCCACAACCCUGCCAACCCUGCCAGCAGCUGGCUCCCCUUCAAACAAAUGAUGUUAAGCCUGCAGCAGCGUGCUCAAAAGCGAGCCAGCUACCUGCUCCAUUUAGAUGAGAUCAGUCCACACUUGGCAUCUAUGACUGCCACUGAGAUGGCCCUGCCUGGCGUGGUGUCCGCAUCGGACACUGUCACUAUACAGAGCAUUGGCAAGUCGAUAACCAUUCUUCCCACCAAGACCAAGCCCAAAAAACUCUUCUUCCAGGGAUCUGAUGGACACAACUACCCAUACCUUUUCAAAGGCCUGGAGGAUUUACAUCUGGACGAGCGCAUUAUGCAGUUCUUGUCAAUUGUAAACACCAUGUUCACCAAGAUCAACCAGCAAGAGCAGCCUCGCUUCCAUGCCCGCCAUUACUCCGUCACACCCCUUGGAACUCGGUCGGGGCUCAUCCAGUGGGUUGAUGGAGCCACGCCCCUCUUUGGCCUUUACAAGCGCUGGCAGCAGAGGGAGGCUGUGCUGCAGGCUCAGAAGGCUCAAGACUCGUUCCAGCAGCAGCCAGUGCCACUUGUACCCCGCCCCAGCGAGCUCUACUACAGCCGCAUCGGUCCCGCCCUGAAAGCAGUGGGGCUCAGUCUGGACGUAACGCGGCGGGACUGGCCGCUCAGUGUCAUGAAGGAGGUGCUGAAAGAAUUGAUGGAUGCUACACCUUCCAACUUACUGGCCAAGGAGUUGUGGUGUUCAUGCACCACACCCAGUGAGUGGUGGAGGGUCACCCAGUCUUACGCCAGAUCUACUGCUGUCAUGUCGAUGGUGGGAUACAUAAUUGGCCUCGGAGACAGACACCUGGACAAUGUGCUUAUUGACAUGACCUCUGGAGAGGUUGUGCACAUUGAUUACAAUGUGUGUUUUGAAAAAGGGAAGAGCCUACGAGUGCCAGAGAAGGUUCCAUUCAGGAUGACACACAAUAUUGAAACUGCACUAGGAGUUACUGGGGUGGAAGGCAUCUUCAGGCUUUCCUGUGAACAGGUUGUUCAGAUGAUGCGUCGAGGCAGAGAGACCCUCCUGACCCUGCUGGAGGCCUUUGUCUAUGAUCCACUGGUGGAUUGGACUGCUGGGGGAGAGGUGGGCUUUGCUGGUGCGGUCUACGGAGGAGGGGGUCAACAGGCGGACAGUAAACAGAGCAAGAGGGAGAUGGAAAGAGAAAUCACACGCUCCCUCUACUCUUCCAGAGUGGCUGAGAUUAAGGUGAACUGGUUUAAGAAUCGCGAUGAAAUGCUGGCGGUCCUGCCAAAAGUGGAAGAGGCUGUGGAAGAGUACUUGGUCCUUCAGGAUCUGCUCUGCGAGGGGGAGAAACUACAAGCAAAGCUUCAAGAAGAGGUGACCUUCCUGGAAGGAGCUGAGAACCACCCAAACCAUCUAAUUCUCACUUUAGAGCAAAGGUACUCUGAACACACCCAGCUACAGUCACGACAGCGUACUGUCCAAGAGGCCAUUCAAAGCAAGCUGGCUGACCUGGAUCAAUGGAUCUCACAGUAUCAGGCAGCGUUUUCCAACUUGGAGACCACUCAGCUUGCUGCUCUCCUGCAGGAUAUCAGCAGCCCCAUAGAUCUCGGUCCUCCUAGCUAUGUGCCAGCUACAGCCUUCCUGCAGAAUGCAGGUCAAGCUCACCUGAUCAGCCAGUGUGAGAGCCUCGAGGCAGAGGUGAGCUCCAUGCUGCAGCAGCGCCGUGGGGCCCUAAGAAUUUGCUUGGAGCAGCUGCACAGCUAUGCCACUGUGGCUUUGCUGUACCCACGAGCCACCCUCUUGCGCCAUCGGGCCCAUCAGUGGAAGGCCUGGUUGGAAGAAAUGCUGAGCGAUAUGACCGUUGAGCACUGCCAGCACAUCUACAGACAAUAUGAGGUGCUGUUUGCCCCCCAGUUGACCGCAUCCUCCUGCCAGUUCCUGUCCGGUGUGGAGCUGACCAUACAGCGCCAAGUGGCAGACACCAACGAGCGUGUGAUGCACCAAGCCGAGCGACUGAAAGCCGAGGGUACAACAGCAGCAGCCUGUGAGGAGCAGCUCAAGGAGAUAGAACACUGCAUCGGGGUCUUCCUUCAUGAAAAUGGAGAGUCAGGCUCACUGAGCUUGGCAGGAAUCAUCACCUCGGCUCUCUGCUCACUCUGCAGGCGGAACCUGGUGAUGGAGAGUGCAGCAGCGAGUGCCGGAGAGCAGCUGGUGGACCUCAUGUCUCGAGAUGGGGCAUGGUUCCUUGAGGAGCUCUGCAGUAUGAUGGGAAAUGUCAGCGCCUUGGCAACACUGCUGCAACGCUGCCCACUCCUGCCUCAUGAUCUGGAGCUCUUGUCACCCUCUGCCACCAUCCAGGCUGUUUACAUGGCCAAUGCUGUGUAUACCUGUUUGCAGGAGCUAAACACCAAUUUCCGUCAGAUUAUCUUUCCUGAGGCUCUGCGCUGUGUAGUAAAAGGGGAGCCCACCCUGGAGUCCAUGUUGGCCGAGUUGGAGCAGCUGGUGGAGCAGAGCUCUGAUGGUCUAGGCUUGCAAGGCUUGGUAGACAGUCUGCUAUCCACCACGGGCCUAGACCAGGAUGGGCACAAACAAUGUCUGGACAUCACAAGGAUGUUGCGUGCCCAGUACUCAGAGCUGAUCCAGCCACGAAGUUUGGAUGGGACAGCCCAGGACUCACCAAAGAUGUCUGCAGGUCAAAUGCUACUGGUUGCCUUUGAUGGAAUGUUUACUCAGUUAGAGACUGCCUUUGGACAGCUCACUGAAAAGCUGAGUUGUUUGGAAGUGCCACCAGCCUGGAGAAAGGUGGAUGUUCUGAGGGAAACGCGCACUGCACAGCUCCACUUCUUUGACAGUAUCGCUCAGCGGGAACUGAUGGAAGAAGUUUUUUUCCUGAAGAGACUGCAGACCAUCAGAGAUUUCUUUAAAAUGUGUGCUUCAUUUGCGCAAACUCUGUCAGGGCCCCCUGCUGAUGAACUUUUACCCUCAAAUGGACCAGUUGGUUUGGGGAAAUCGUUGUACCGGCAAACGAAUGCUACUAGCUCCGGUGGGGCAGUAGUCAGCGAGGAACAAAUGACCCGUCCAAUCAAGGCCUUCACAGCUGAAUUUGUUAGGCAGAUGCUCUUGGGUCUACCGAGCCAGGCUCUUGGGCUGGCUCUUUGCAGCACCCUGUCUGCUAUCGGGUUGGAUAUCGUUGCCCAAGUUGAGGCAAAAGAUUUUGGCGCAGAGAGCAAGGUCUCUCUGGAUGAGCUUUGUAAGAAAGGAGCUGAGCAGAGUCUGGCAUCGGGCCGGGUCUCCCAACUGCUGCUGAACAGAGCCACAGUGCUGGCCGCCUCUUACGACACAGCCUGGAAGAAGUUGGACCUGCUGCGAAGGUUGGAUGGCAACCUGGAUGCCGCCAAGGCCAGCUUGCAGAGGCUUCAGCUGCACAUGGCCAUGUUUCAGUGGCAGCAUGAAGAUGUCCUUGGUCCCAAUAAUCAGGCUCUGAGUGUCAACAUUCCUCCUCGCGCUGUCAUUCUCAGCAACAUGAAGAAGAAGCUGUACAAAUUGAGUCAGGAUGAGGGAGCCAUUGUGGCGAUUCAGGAGAAGCUAGCCUCACUGGAGGCGAGCAUCGAGCAGCGUCUUAAGUGGGCAGGCGGGGCAAAUCCAACCCUGGCCCCUGUUCUUCAGGACUUUGAGAUGACUAUCAGGGAGAGGCGAGCCAUGGUGGCCAGAGAAAACCAGCGUGCAAGUCAGGUCACCUUCUUGUGUUCCACCAUCCUGAACUUCGAAGGCCUUCGCACUCGAUCACCUGAGGCUCUUAGCAUGGACUCAGCAUUGUUUGAGCUGUUGAAACGCUGCCAGCAGACGUGUUCUUUCGCUGCACAGUUUAGUAGCACUGUGUCUCAGUUGGAGCUGGAACUUUUGCACAGACUGAGUCCAGUGCUGGACUUCCCUAUCGGCAGCCCCGAUUGGCUGAGCUAUGCUCAGAGACAGCUCGAGGAGGAGCUGAGUGCGGAGCAAAGGACGCAGGAGGAGCGAGAGCAGCAACUGGAGUCCAGUGCUGAAAACAUACAACUCCUCGUUGACUCCAUUAAGACCAUUUUGUCAGCCCACAACCGCCAACUUGCUGACGUCAAACACUUGCUCAAAGCCAUGGCUAAGGACGAGGAGGCAGCGUUGGCCGACGGCGAAGAAGUGGCCUACGAGGGCAGCGUGCGUUACUUCCUGAUGGAGUAUAAGGCGUGGCAGGACAACAUCCAGGUUGUUUUGUUCACAGUCAUUCAGGCUAGUGGUCAGCCGCGCAAUCAGGAGCAGUUGGAAUUGCUGGAAGAGAUCCCCGCCACUGUGAAAGAGCUCCAGUCCCAGAGCCAGAGUGUGUAUAACGGCCUGGUGGGUUUCGCAUCCCCACUGGUGACCGAAAGAGAGAAUGACUGUGCAAGCCCCAUAACAGUCGCACAGACGAGCUUUGCAGCAGCUGUUAGAUGCAGUGGCGUGAAGACUCAGCCAGAGUCCAUGUCCCAGAAUGCACGGAAGGCCUUGCCACGUAACCUGGGAACCCCCACGGACACCCCGCCCAGCACACUGAUGAACAGCAAAGGCCUCAACCCCAGUCCGAAGAGGGCUGUACGAGACCCCAAAACCGGAAAAGCGGUCCAGGAGAGAAACUCGUAUGCUGUCAGUGUGUGGAAGAGAGUGAAAGCCAAGCUGGAGGGCAGAGACAUCGAUCCAAACCGCAGGAUGAGUGUCACUGAGCAGGUGGACUUUAUCAUCAAGGAGGCCACAAACAUGGACAACCUGGCCCAGCUGUACGAGGGCUGGACCGCCUGGGUUUGAACGCGGCACCCGCCUCAUGUCUUUGGUGAAGGCUUGGAGAUCCACUAGAGUCCAGCAGGUCUGGGGUGUCGGAACAGCAGCACCAGGCCACACUGCGAGGAGGAAACGGAAAGCGGAAGCUUAGCCCGCCCUCCCACCUUCCUGGGCACCCAUACUGGGGUUCGACCCCGCAGCACCGCUGCCACCAUACUCCCUGCAACCACCGGCGGUCGGGCCAACGCAACGCUUAGCGGGUCUGCCGCCCCACAUCCUUUUCUGGGGCUCGACUAGGCCAAGCUGCCGCAUCGGGGGAGGGGCGGGACGAAGGGCAAACGCCCCCCCGCCCCCACCCCCCACUUGCGCGGCCCGCUAUCAAGUUGUACCCUAAACAUCACUGUGUCCCGUUGAGCCAGUCCAAUGCCCCCCCUAACCCCCGGAGUUCAGGAAGAAGCAGGAAGCGUGUGUUUGGUUCCCUCUGAAGCGCACCGCCUACGUGUGCCACUUCACGAGGCUCGCCCCGUGUCCUCUUCUCUUGAAACUCUGCCUCAACGGCUUUGUGAUACCGACGGCUCACGGGCCAGUUUGGGCCGGAACGCAAAGAAAGAAGGUUCCUCAGAAUUCUUCUGAAGACUGAAACGCAAGAGGACAACGAUGAUCAAAACUGUUCUCCGAUUGAUUCCAACGGUCAUUAGACCCAAUAAAAUGUUAUUCCGUGUGCUCGUCGGCUUGUUUCUGGGCUUUUGAAGCACCGAGUUGCCUAACUUUGUCGGCCGAGAUGAGACAUGAAAUGAUUCUUUAUCCGAUCUUUACUCUCCUGUGUGCAUCUUUGUGCUUUGUAGCUCCUUCCUUACAAGUAACUCCAUGUUUUGUUUACCUUUUGACUUUCCUGCUAGAAGCUUUCCUCGUAACUCCUCAGCUCUGAUGCUGCUUUUAUUCAUCUUGACUUUCUAGUUUUACAUUUUUAGUGGGAGACGCGAUGAUUUUUUGGUGAUGGGGAAAUUAUUUCUUAAAGCUUUUACUCAAUUUCUUUGACGCUAAAUAAACUUUGAC